AUGAGUACCUUCACUAGGGUAGUUGUACCAUGUAUUGAUUUCUAUAUUCUUAAAUAUCAUUGUGAUGAAGCAUUUGCAACACCGACAACAUCUGGUGUGACAAAUACUGCUUCACCAGUAUUAUGUCUUACACCAGGAACUUAUGGAAUACCUGUACCAAAACAAAAACCUGAUGUAAAAGUAUGUCAACAUCGAUUUUUUGAAUUAUGUGCACUGACAGGCUAUACACCACGAUAUUUUGCAGCUUUAAUUGGUUCAUUUUUUGUUGUUAUGGGUUUAAUUCAUUUUCUUUGUUCUCUUGUUGCUAAUUAUGCUUAUAUAAAAGAUGGUCGAAAAUUGUGCCAUUAUGAAGAUGCAAUUCGUGAAGAAAUCGAAACGUCAAAACUCAAUCGUGGCUAA